AUGGGGUUCAAGUUGUCCACGCAGCGCGUCGAGGCGCCGGUCACUGGCAAGGCCUACCUAAUGUGUGCCUUUGCUGCAUUCGCCGGCGUUCUCUUUGGCUACGACUCGGGCUACAUCGCUGCUGUCCUGGGUAUGGCAAGAUUCAGGCACGACUAUGGCGAACCAAUUGGCGCUACCGACGAUGGAGGCAUCCUAUACGACUACCGGACCUGGGAAAAGUCGCUGAUAGUCUCGAUACUUUCAGCUGGUACAUUCGUUGGCGCGCUGUUCUCUGGCUAUCUGGCAGACCGCAUAGGACGAAGAUUGACCAUCAUCGUACCCGGAUGUGGCAUGUUCAUCAUCGGCGUGUCUGUCCAAGUUGCGACUCCCAACGUGAUAGGGCUAUCAAUUGGAAGGUUCGUUGCCGGUCUAGGCGUAGGAUGUGUCUCGGCAGUCAACAUCCUAUACAUGUCUGAGAUCGCACCACGGAAAGUAAGAGGAGCUAUUGUCUCGGCAUAUCAGUUCGCCAUCACCAUCGGCAUCAUGUUGGCAAGUUGCGUCGGCUAUGCCACACAAGGACGACAAGACUCUGGUGCCUACCGCAUUCCAAUCUCGAUUCAGUUCCUGUGGGCCCUGAUCUUAGCCGGCGGUCUGUUCAUGCUGCCAGAGUCGCCACGAUAUUGGGUCAAGAAACGACGACUGGACAAGGCAGCAAAAGCACUGGCCAGAGUCCGGGGCCAACCUGCCGAGUCUGCACACAUCGAAGAUGAACUCUCCGAGAUCGUCGCCAACUGCGAGUACGAGAUGCAGGUCGGGGAAGUCAGCUGGAUGGGUUGCUUUUCUGGAGGCAUCCACAACUCGAACAGCAACGCCCGCAAGGUCUUCAUCGGCGUCGCGCUACAGAUGAUGCAGCAAUGGACCGGGAUCAACUUCAUCUUCUACUACAACGUCACUUUCUUCCAACAGGUCCAGAUCGAUAACGCCUUCCUCAUCUCCAUGGUCACCACUGUCGUUAACGUUGCCAGCACACCUCUAGCCUUUUAUGCCAUCGAGAAGUUCGGACGCCGUGCUCUCCUCAUCUACGGUGCGAUCUGCAUGUGCGUAUGCGAGUUCAUCAUCGCGAUCGUCGGUGUGACAGCUGGCACAUCCAGUGGCGCCAACUGGGUGCUGAUCGUCUUUGUCUGCGUCUACGUCUUUUUCUUCGCAAGUACAUGGGGACCAACGGCCUGGGUUGUCAUCGGCGAGAUUUUUUCACUGCCCAUCCGGUCCAAAGGAGUAGCGCUCAGCACAGCGAGCAACUGGUUCUGGAACUGCGUGAUCGGAAUCGUCAUUCCCUACAUGAUCGACGGCGACAAGGGUAAUUUGGGAGUCAAGGUGUUCUUCAUUUGGGGCACAACAUGCGGGUUCUGUGCGUUGUUCGCUUGGGUGUUCAUACCCGAGACAAAAGGGCUCACAUUGGAGCAAGUUGGAAGGAUGAUGGAGGAGACACCCGCCCAUACGAGCAAGAGAUGGCGACCUCACGAUACCUUUGCGGAGGAGUAUGGAUCUACAUCGGAACCACCACGACGGCCGAGCACGAGUCUGGGGAGACGGGCUAAGGUCGAAAGCUUUAUCGAUAUGCACACCCUACGGAGUCAGUCGCCGACAUGA